GGGUUAUAAAAAGAGGAGGCGCAGGGCAGCUGGGAGACAGAGGCGGACAAAGGCCAAGAGGAGGAAACCAGAGAGGAGUGAAAAAAGGCAAAAAGCGCCAGAUUGCUCCUCCUCGACUGACGCCAGCAUGGGCUCCUUCUCCGCCGCCACGAUGGGCUUGCUCCUCUUUCUGGCCUGUCAGCUCCCAGGGCAAACUGGAGCUAAUCCUGUGUACAGCUCGGUGUCCAACGCAGACCUGAUGGAUUUCAAGAAUUUGCUGGACCACUUGGAGGACAAGAUGCCUUUAGAAGAUGAGGUUGUUCCCCAACAAGUACUGAGUGAGCAGAAUGAGGAGGCUGGGCCAGCUCUCAGCCCCCUCCCUGAGGUGCCUCCCUGGACUGGGGAGGUCAACCCAGCACAGAGAGAUGGGGGUGCCCUCGGCCGGGGCCCCUGGGACUCCUCUGAUAGGUCGGCCCUCCUGAAAAACAAGCUGAGGGCACUGCUCGCUGCCCCUCGGAGCCUGCGGAGGUCCAGCUGCUUCGGGGGCAGGAUGGACAGGAUUGGAGCCCAGAGCGGACUGGGUUGCAACAGCUUCCGGUACCGAAGAUAAUGGCGAGGGAGGAAAAGUCAGGGCAGGUCCUGGGCAAACUUCAAGAGACCCUCAUGCCCUGGAGUUUCUCACUCAACUUUGUGCCAUCUCAUUGCCGUCAAACCGAACUGGGACGAGCACCCUAUUCAAGCUGCUGCAGCCUCCUGUCAACAUUUCUCACAUUUUUUGCUACAUGUAGAUAAAGUGGUUUAAUUGUGGCUUCCCCACCUCUCCCAUCCCAUGUAUUACAUUUUAGGUAGACCCUCACCUGUUAUUGAAGUGGUUUGAAAGUGAAUAAAGGUCAGCACCAUGGACAGA